AUGCCCGAGUGGGAAAACUGGUUCGAGAUCGCCAAACAGUGCAAAUAUUUGCCAGAAAACGAUUUAAAGAAAUUGUGUCAGAUCGUAUGCGAUUUGUUGAUUGAAGAAGCCAACAUCCAGCCGGUCAGCACCCCAGUAACAGUUUGUGGGGACAUCCAUGGACAAUUUUACGAUUUAGAAGAAUUGUUUAGAAACGGAGGCCAAGUCCCCGACACCAAUUAUGUGUUCAUGGGUGAUUUUGUUGACCGUGGAUACUACAGUCUGGAAUCUUUAACUAGACUUUUAACCCUAAAAGCCAAAUGGCCACAUCGCAUCACAUUACUUCGAGGUAAUCAUGAAUCAAGACAAAUCACACAAGUCUACGGAUUUUAUGAUGAAUGUAUGAACAAGUAUGGAAAUGCAAAUGUAUGGAAAGAAUGUUGUAAAGUUUUUGAUUUAUUGUCUGUUGCAGCGUUAAUAGACGAAGAAGUAUUUUGUGUACAUGGUGGUUUAUCUCCUGAUAUUUCAACAUUAGAUCAAAUCAGAGUAAUAGAACGCAAUCAAGAAAUUCCAUACAAAGGAGCAUUCUGCGACUUGGUAUGGUCUGAUCCAGAAGACAUUGAAAAAUGGACAAUAAGCCCACGUGGAGCAGGCUGGUUAUUUGGGUCUAGAGUCACUGAAGAAUUUAUGGAAAAAAAUCAAUUGGAGCUUAUUUGUAGAGCACAUCAAUUGGUUAAUGAAGGGUAUAAAUACAUGUUUAAUGAUAAACUUGUAACUGUUUGGUCAGCACCUAACUACUGUUAUCGAUGUGGUAACGUUGCAUCAAUAAUGGAAUUUUCUACUGUUCAUGAUCGCAAACCAAUAUUGUUUAAUGCCGUUCCUGACGAACAACGAGUUAUUCCAGAUAAGGCUGCAACCCCUUACUUUUUGUGA